AUCGCAUUUCUCGUAUUAUUUGAAGUACUUUGGAUUUUGACAGAAUCUCCAUCCAGCUUCCUCGGCCAACCAACUUUCACCCACAGUAAAUAACUAGGUAGAGCACAACACGAACGACGACGACUACAACAACAAAUAAAUCCCUCCAUUUGUCAACAAUAUGGCUGCCGAGAUUCCAAUGCCCGAGCCUACUGUGCCUCGCAAGCCAUUCUCGUCAUUCAAGGUCAUAUCCUACGACAUUUACGGCACGCUCAUCGACUGGGAGAGCGGAAUCAUCGACCAGCUACAACCACUGGUGUCGCGCAUCCCGACCGAAUCGCCCUUUGCGACAUGCCGCGACAGCAGGGCCGGCGAAGGCCGGGUCAAGCUCGCCGAGAAAUUCAACGAGAUCGAGGCGCAGGUGCAAGCCGAACACCCCACGAUGAGGUACAGCCAGGUCCUGCGCGAGGCGUACCUCCGCCUGGGUCCCGCCCUCGGCGUCAAGGACGGGGACCUCGACGGAGAGGCCCGGCGGUUCGGCGACAGCGUCGGCUCGUGGCCGGCUUUCCCGGACACCGUGGACGCCUGCAGGAGGCUGGCCAAGCACUACAAACUCAUCCCGGUGAGCAACGUCGACAGGGAGAGUUUCAGCCAGACCCUCGCCGGACCGCUGGCCGGCGUCGACUUCUUCCGCGUCUACACCGCCCAGGACAUCGGUAGCUACAAGCCCGACCUGCGCAACUUCGAGUACCUGUUGAGCCACGCGAAGGAGGACGCGGGCGUGGAAAAGGACGAGAUCCUGCACGUCGCCCAGAGCAUCUUCCACGACCACGUCCCGGCGAAGAAGAUGGGCAUGAGCAGUGUCUGGAUCAACAGGAAAGGGGCGGGCAUGGGCAGUGCCGGUGGGAUCGCGGGGGUCCACGAACGCGGCGAAGUGGGAUACGGCUGGAGGUACGCCUCUUUGGGAGAACUCGCGGACGAGGUCGAGAAACAACGAGCUCAGGAGUAAGUAGUGGUAGGAGGAGGAGGGGGAGGGAAAGUAGGAUCGAGAAGAAUGCAAACGAACUAUCCUAUUCGUGCCAUCAUGACGAGAGCCUCACUUCUACGGGAAUAUCAGCCAAUCGUCCGCAUCCUUGUACUAGCAAACGCUGAGGCUGUACG